AUGCCUCUAAUGAACCACAACCGUCGAAUAAUCACCCUCAAGUGGCAAGAAUAUAUCCUUCGCGAUAAAUACGAUUGGGACAAUUGGGUACAACGAUAUACCGAUCUUGACACCGAAGAGAUCGAACCACCGAAAGAACACGAACCCUAUGAGAUUGAAAAUGAUGCGGAUCCUCGAAUAGUCCUGGAACAGACUCAGAUGUACAAAAUAAAGAGUGCUAUGAAGAAGUUUAGAGGCCAGUCUUCGAGCGGCUCCGAGAUUGGGAGGAUUGCCAUCGUCUUAUUCUCCGUUAUGAUGCGGACGGAUUUACAAGUGAACGAGGCAAUCUGCAUAGGUUCUUGGAUGCUGUUCAGGCUAUUCACCCUGAAUUCUCGGACUUCUGUUGUCAAGAGAUGGAGAAUCAUAUUUUGGCGCGAAACAUCUACAACCCGUGAGAUGAUACAUCUCUUUAGAAAUCACUGCAGAUCUCGCAGAAAUGGCAGUGAGGUAGGCACUAUUCAAAAUACAGCAUUCGCUGCUUACCAGGUCAUACAACUAACUCUACGCUGUUGCGUCCUCGAGCGGCAAAGAAUACUACGAAUUCCGCCCAAAACAUCAAUAAUCUGGUUAAACCUGCAAUUCCUAGGAACCCAUCGCGUUCAUGUCUCUGCGGGGGAAACCAUCGCUACGCUCACCGCCGAAUCAUAUAUGAAAGCAUCAGUCCCAAGGGUUGGAUCCCAAACGCUUUAA